CGUGUGCGUGAGCGCGAGUGUGUGCGUGUCGUGCGCGGCCGUGUGCGUGUAUGUGUGUCUUUCUCGUCGCGGCGGUUGGUGAAGCAUUGCCCGGUAUAUGGAUAGGAGCUCACUGUUUCAGCUCAUUCAGGAGCAGCUGGACCCUGAGCAGACUGGUUUCAUUGCGGUGGAGAACUUCACCAGUCUGGCCGAGCAGCAUGAGCUGCAGCUGGACCCCUCAAAGCUGGACUUGCUGCUGGCCCUCGUCCAGAAUGACCAGCACGGCCAAGUCUGCUACCAGGAGCUCAUCGAGCUGCUAAGCAGCAAGCGCUCCAGCAGUUUUCGCCGCGCCAUUGCCAAUGGGCGUCGCACGCUGCAGCGAGAGAUCCUAUUGGACGAAACAGGCCUGGGCGUGUACAAACGCUUUGUGCGUUACGUGGCGUACGAAAUUCUGCCCUGUGAGACAGACAGACGCUGGUACUUCCAUCAGAACAGGCUCUGCCCACCGCCAGUCUUCAUGGCCAUCAUCACCAUCGUGCAGAUCGUGGUGUUUAUGUGUUAUGGAGUGAGGCUCAAUAAGUGGGUUCUGCAGACGUAUCAGCCAGACUUCAUGAAGAGCCCGCUGGUGUAUCACCCAGGUCAUCGAGCCCAAGUCUGGAGAUUCUUCAGCUACAUGUUUAUGCAUGUUGGCCUGGAGCAGUUGGGUUUUAACGCGCUUCUCCAGUUGAUGAUUGGGGUUCCUCUGGAGAUGGUGCAUGGAAUCCUGAGAAUCAGCCUUCUGUACAUGGCAGGAGUCGUAGCGGGUUCUCUGACGGUCUCUAUCACUGAUAUGCGAGCUCCAGUGGUUGGUGGGUCUGGAGGAGUCUAUGCCCUCUGCUCUGCGCAUCUCGCCAAUGUCGUCAUGAACUGGGCCGGGAUGAAGUGUCCGUACAAACUGCUGCGGAUGAUCCUCGCGCUGGUCUGCAUGAGUUCAGAGGUAGGCCGGGCAGUGUGGCUUCGGUUUUCACCCCCGCUGCCAUCAUCCGGACCUCAGCCAAGCUUCAUGGCCCACCUAUCAGGGGCAGUGGUGGGCAUCAGCAUGGGCCUGCUGAUCCUGCGCAGCUAUGAGGAAUCCCUCCACAAGCAGUGCUCCUGGUGGGUCCUUGUCUUUUCCUUCAUCACCUUCCUCCUCUUUGCCAUCUUUUGGAACAUCUUUGCGUAUGAGCUGCUGGGUGUCCAGAUCCCACCACCACCCUGAUGACACGCCCCCAUCCAACCAUAGUACCCCUCUCCAGCUCUGAAUACACAGCUUCAUUCUCCCUCUGGCUGUGGAUGGCCAGAUUAUUUUGCCUGCCACACCCCCCUUUAGUUACAGCUCUGCCCAGUUCUCCUCUACUCGACCUGCGGACCAGAGGAGGUUGAUUAUAGUGACAGCAAAUACAGAAAUUCUCAGAAAUUCUGAGGUGAUAUUACUAACUCACACACCUUACUUUAUUAAUGCGUUCUCGACUGACCACAUCUAAGCCGAAAGAGGAAGACAAGACUGAACGUUCAAUAUAACUCAAUACAGUACAGAACAAUUUUAUUUUUUUCCUGUUUGUUGCUGGAUCUCUAAUAGAGUCCUAUUCACUCUGUUUUUCUCUACUUUUAUUUUAGUUUCUAUUUCACAUUUCCAAAAAAGAAAAACAAUGAUUUCAAAUGGUGCAUUAUUAUAAUUAUCUCUGUUGGGUCCUCCUCUGUUCUGUGACUUUGGAAAGCUGAAUGGAAGCAUAGUCUGACGUGCCCAUCGGCCCUCUUCUGAACACCACUACAGCUAAGAGGGUGGAUCUUGUCCUUUCGUGACCCUUUUCACUGCGUGUGCAUGGAAGGGUCAGAAGGUCAAGUCUGCGGCGCCAUUAGCAUGGACAGAGGCCACUGAAACCGGACCACACUUGUCCCAUGGUGACUGUUGCCUUGGCUACCUCUGUCUAGUUGCUAUGGUAACUGUUGUCAAGGUGUGAGAUUUACACCCCCAUCUCCCACUGCCCACCCCGCCCAAUAGAAACAGUGGUCAAAGGAACCGAUAUCAGAUUUUACUGUGGCGUCGGAGUUGAGAAGUUUCAGUGCUGACGUUUCCAGUUUUCAGUUUCUCUCAAAGAAGAAGCAUCUACCUUCAAAAGACUCUAAAAUGGGCAUUUUUCUCUCUAAGGUUACCAGAUAUGUGAAAAUACCUCCCCUGUGUGAAGAUUUCUGAUGGUAGUGUCCUCGUGACUCACUGCCAGUCGGAGUAAGUUGGUUGAAAAUUCUGCAGUGCCAAGUUACCAUUCGCCAAGCUGCUAUGUCAAAUUGUACAUUUAAUAUUGAAUAUCUUUAUUUUUAUUUAUGUUCCUAAAGCUUUGCUGUGGGAGGAGUGUUGUAUGAGACUGUGUCAAUAUGGACUGGGG